AUGUCCACCGAACCAGCUCCCGUGCCUUCAAAGGGCGGUAUUUCGAGCGAUGCUGACUACACCGACGCUCAACCUGGCGUCGACCUGCCCCGCGGGUGGAAGUACCGACGGCUCGGUUUCAUCAACACCUGGUAUGCCUCGCCGCGCAUUCAACUUGGCAUGGUCGCAUUCGUUUGCUUCCUCUGCCCAGGCAUGUUUAAUGCACUGGGUGGUCUUGGAGGUGGAGGAAAGGCAGACGCGACUUUGGCGGACAACAUGAACACCGCGCUUUACGCCACCUUUGCAGUCGUUGGUUUCUUCGGCGGCACAUUCGUCAACAAGCUCGGUGUUAGGCUCUGUCUUUCUUUCGGUGGUAUCGGUUACGGUAUCUAUGCCAUCAGUCUUCUCGUCUCUGUCCACAAGCAUGUUCCAGCUUUCAACAUUUUUGCUGGUGUGUGGCUCGGUCUGUGCGCUGCGCUUCUUUGGACCGCUCAGGGUACAAUCAUGAUCUCAUACCCUCAAGAGAACAUGAAGGGAAAGUACUUCGCCUGGUUCUGGGGUAUUUUCAACAUGGGUGCCGUUAUUGGCGGUUUGAUCCCUCUCGGCGAAAACAUCCACAUCAGAGAGAACAAGACAGUCAGUGAUGGAACAUACAUCGGCUUCAUUGUCCUCAUGUUUUUCGGCGCCAUCCUCGCUCUCACCCUCUGCAAUGCCGGCGAAAUCGUCCGAAGAGACGGCUCCCGUGUCAUCCUCAUGAAGAACCCAACCUGGCAGAGCGAGCUCUGGGGUCUUUGGGAGACUCUUCGCUUCGAGCCUUUUGUCGUCCUUCUCUUCCCCAUGUUCUUCGUCUCCAACUGGUUCUACGUCUACCAGCAAAACGCCGUCAACGGAGCCUACUUCAACACCCGCACAAAGGCCCUCAACAGUCUGCUAUACUGGAUGGCUCAGAUUAUCGCUGCUGCCAUCUGGGGAUACCUUCUUGAUAGGGAGAACGUGCGCCGUAGCACCCGUGCCAAGGCCGCUUGGGCUGCCCUAUUUGUGUUGACCUUUGCUAUCUGGGGUGGCGGAUAUGCCUUUGAGAAGACCUACACUCGCGAGAGUGUCGCCCCGGAGACUGACUUUGUCCAUGCAGACUGGACCGACUCUAACUAUGUUGGACUUAUGUUCCUUUACAUCUUCUACGGCUUCUACGAUGCUGCCUGGCAGGCCACUAUCUACUGGUUCAUGGGAGCCCUCUCCAACUCUGGUCGACGAUCUGCCAACUAUGUCGGCUUCUACAAGGGUAUCCAGUCCGUUGGUGCCGCGAUUGUCAACAACCUCGACUCCCGCAAGAUCUCUUUCCGAUCCGAGUUCAUCAGCAACUGGGUUCUGCUUGCGGUGUCCCUGGUCUUUGCUGCUCCCGUCAUUCUCAUGAAGAUUCGCGACCACGUGAGCACCGAAGAGGAUCUCCAGGGCACAGACGAGACCCUUGCUGAUGUGCUUCCAUCGACUCACCCCGAAAAGAAUCCUGAGCGGGGUAGUGUUGCCUAA